GUAACAGGUGGAAUAAGGGUAGCAUCCACCCAUGAGCCAUAUCUGCCAAAGGACAGGGGGGGAACCUAGAGCUAUGCUCAGCAACCUGCCUAAGAAAAAUGUCCUUCUUCCGAUGCGAUGCCGCCGUCAGCCACACGAAGAGCCCCCUCUCUUCCUCCCACAGAAAGCAGUUAUCCCCGCUGACUUGUCUCAUUAAAGGUCCCAAGGUAAGCCGCAAUCGAGGGAUUGGGCCUGGACAACCUUCAUAAUGCAGACCUUCGUCGUCAACCUGCUUCUCUCUCUCGGGAUUGCAUCAACAGCAUCUGCCACGGUGCUGCUCUACCCAGAUAGUCUUCCCUCGACACUUACCGUAGAGUGCACCAAUGCCCUGACCGUCGAUGUCACGGCCUGCGAUCCGCUGGUGAGGGACCUCCGCCCAGACGUCUUCUACCCGCCCGCGUCACUGACGCGCAUCUGCACCACCGGUUGCUCAUCCGCUCUUGAUACAUGGCGGUCAUCAGUACAGUCCGGGUGCUUGAACCAGACCAUCACGGUCGACCUUGAGGUCGAGGCCGCGGCGGUCUAUAUUCCUGGAGCGCUGCAGUUCUACUUUCAGAAUGCCUGCCUCAAGGACGACGAGGGGCGUUUCUGCGGACCAGUUGCAGCCCUGGCAGCGGCCUUCUCGGAUCCCGGUAUUAGCCCUUUCAACUACAUUAGCAACACCACGGACCAGGUGCGACCCGAUGACUGCGACAAGUGCCUGGUCGAGCGUCUGCGGCUGCGCGAGGGGUCACCGUACGGUGACGGGCCUAUUGCAGCCAGCAUGUCGCUGUACGAGAGCAUGACGGCGAGUUGCAGCAUUACGGGGCGCCCCGUCGCAACAACGACCAUCGACUACUUCACGGCGGCCCCUGCUCCAACGGCCAAGGUGUGUGAGGGGUCAACCUACACCAUUAAAGCCUCAGAAGACUGCUACACCAUAUCCAAGAGCCAGGGCGUUGGCACCAACUGGCUGCUAGCCGACAACGACCUAGAGGCCUUCUGCACUAACUUUCCCGCCGUUGGCACCUCUCUCUGCAUUACCAACCAGUGCACCACUGUCACCGUCCCCAAUAAUGCGACGUGCGAGGCCGUGGCUGCAGCAGCCAACAUCACCGAGACGCAACUCAUUGCCUGGAACCCUUCCAUUAGCUACGGGUGCGCAAACCUUCCCAAGAUGAACGGCUCCGAAAUCUGCGUCGAUGCUCCUGGCCGCAAGUUCGUGAUCCCCAGCGACACCUCCGCCUUGCCCCCUCUUACCCCCACCACUGCGGCUCCCAAGCCCACUGACGCAGCAGACGGCUCCGGCGGUGCCGACAAGCCUUGCGGGCGGUGGUACUCGGUCCAACAAGGCGACUAUUGCAAUCUCGUUGCCAUCAAAUUCGGCAUUACCCUCCCCGACUUCUUCUUCCUGAACCCGGCCGUCAAUACCAACUGCACCAACCUCUUUGCAUUGGAGUCUUACUGCGUCGCCGCAGUGGGCGAUAUCAACACUUAUACGGGCCGCCCUGGUUACGCCAGUGUCACCCUGGACCCCUCUGCGCCCUUCACCGGAAUCCCCUACACCGAGCGCCCCGACGCCACCGAGAACCCCUACCCCCGACUAUACACGCCCCUCCCCGAAGCCACGGGCACGCGCGACGACUGCGUGCACUACUUCGCCGGAGACGACUUCCAGUUCAACCUCACCGGCUCCACCUUCGGCAGCAACUGCCAACUCGCCGCGGACACCUACAACGUCGACCUUGAGGAAUUUGGCUUGUGGAAUCCCGGCCUCGGCAACGCCUCGGAUCCGGCGUGCGCAUUUGAAAAGGGCGUUCGCUACUGCGGCUCAUGGUAUAUCGAACAGGACAGUACAGCUACCCCAACUUCCGCGACACCACCAGGACCGACCAUGUCAGGCUCGCCCGCAGACUGUAACGAGUGGGUCCUCGUCACGGACGGGUUGUCCUGCGCGGACCUGGUCUCUGAAGCCGGCAUCACCCUCGGGCAAUUCCUAGCAUGGAACCCGGCCGUUUCAUCAGACUGCUCGAUCAACUACUGGGUUGACGAAGCCUACUGCGUCGGUAUCUCGGGCGACGACGGCAGUUCAACAACCACCGGAUCCCCUACAAGCACCGGCGGUCCCACAACCACAAAACCAACGCCGCCUGGCCCAACUAUGACUGGCUCGCCUGCCGACUGCAACAAGUGGUCCCUCGUCACCGAUGGCCUCUCCUGCACAGACAUGGCCACCCAGGCUGGCAUUUCCCUCGCACAAUUCCUAGCGUGGAACCCGGCUGUAAGUUCCGACUGUUCCACCAACUACUGGCUAGGCGAGGCCUACUGCGUUGGUAUCUCGGGUGACGACAGCAGUCCAACAACCACCGCAGCUCCCACAAGUACCGGUGGUCUCACGACCACAAAACCAACACCGCCUGGCCCAACCAUGACCGGCUCGCCUGCCGACUGCAACAAGUGGUCCCUCGUCACUGAUGGCCUCUCCUGCACAGACAUGGCCACCCAGGCUGGCAUUUCCCUCGCCCAAUUCUUAGCAUGGAACCCGGCUGUCAGUUCCGACUGUAGCACCAACUACUGGCUGGGCGAGGCGUACUGUGUUGGUGUCGCUGGCGCCUCUACCCCGACGACGACUGCACCUACGACUACUUCUAAGCCAACGCCUCCUGCACCGACCAUGACCGGCUCGCCAGACAACUGCAAUAAGUGGGCUGUUGUGACUGACGGUCUAUCCUGCACGGAUAUGGCGAGCCAGGCGGGCCUUACAUUGGCACAGUUUUUGGCGUGGAAUCCGGCUGACUAG